AUGAGAAUCGCUGCACUAUUAUUUGCAGCUGCUCAGCUGGCUUGUGUCUCAGGCGCUACCAUUGUCCGCCGCGAUGAUAUAUUCGAUAGCCCUACCUGCGGCAUUGGCGGCAGUGACAUCUUUCUCCAUCACGCCGACCUAGAAUCGACAGUGGAGAAAUUUGCUAAAUGGGUUGAGGCCGGAGCAGAUGGUCAAGUGGCAGCUGAUGGCAAAUUCCACGACAAACUCUCGUAUGACGGUGAGAGCGUCACCCUCUUUGCCUGUGAUUACAAGUCGCACGGCUCAGGGAGUGUUAUCACCGGCAGCCUGGUGCGUGGAGCGCUGGGUGCGGGUGGUUUCCUUGACGAGCAAUGCAAGAACGACAAUGCCGGGUAUGAGAGCAGCAAUGAUCUCAACAUUGGUCGCACCACGGCUUACCUCCUCACAGAAAGGCGAUCACUUUUGCUAGAUCAGUUAGCUAGAGACCGUGGCAGUGUCCCGAUGCUUGGUGAUUUGUAA